GGCGAUAAUCGUUUAAUGGCAAUUCGAGUAACGAUACGUGCAAGAAUCAAAGAACACAGCACACAAUCCACUGAAAUUCGUUUGUCGUCAAACCCUAAAGGGUUUUUUGAGGAUGGGUUUGAGUAAAACCGAAAUCAAUCUGAGAAGAUUGCUAGCAACUGCUCCACGGCAACAAAAUAAAAUCAAGCUUGUUCACGUUCACACUUGUAUGAAUUUGAUCUGGGGAUCUUGUUUGCCACAGAAUUAUGCCUGUAACUUGUGGAUUUCUUGUUUCUCUAAGUCAGAUGCAAAAUUAUGGAGUUUUGAAGCACAAUUUCGAUUUUGUUCUUCAUUUUUAGUGCCAUUAGUGAUUUCAGAUUAUGGGUUGUGGAGAUUCUUUUGUGAUAUUUGGUUAUGAAUGUGUAAUACUUUGGUUAUUUUUGCAGUAUGUUGCUACUUUAAGAGAACAGUUGGAAGAACUCGCCACAGAGCAAACUCCAGAAGGAUUUCCCAGAGUUUCAAAGGCUAUGGUGAAUGAUUACUCGCAUAAAAUUGAAGCAAUUGCAGCCAAACUGGCUAGCUCUGUGUCGGAUACUGUACCGUAUCACGAGCUUAGAGUUAAAACAUCUGUCAAAGAAAACAUCGGUAAAAAAGAAGAAGAAAGUAUCACCCUUUCGCCGGGGUUGAGAAGAAGACUCGUGCCUUCAUCAGCUGAACACAGAGGUCAAGAUACUUUUGAAUCGUCUGAAUCAUCUCCUGUCAAAUUGGAUGCUGCAGCCCAAUCACAUAUUGCAAAACACAGGAAGCUUCAAGAAGAUUUGACAGAUGAAAUGGUGGGUUUGGCGCGGCAACUCAAAGAGAGUAGUCUUAUGAUGAACAAAUCCAUACAAAAUACCGAGAGAAUUCUUGAUUCAACCGAAAAAGCAGUUGAACAUAGCUUGGCAAGCACCGGGCGAGUCAAUAAGCAGUCUACGGCUAUAUACAACGAGAGUUUCAAGACUUCAUGCUUCACAUGGCUCGUGAUGGUUGUAAUGAUGUGUAUCUUCGUCAUGGUGGUUCUUCUUAUUAAAGCGACUUGAAGUCCGGUUUGGUAGUUUUAGCCAAAGCUUCGUUUCUUGAAGAUGAAACCCUUAAAAAGAAUUUGAUAAACGAAAGAAAAUUGAGGAGACUAGGCAUAUUCGGCAUGGAAAACUUGUCGGUUUUUGGGAAGUUCGUUAUGUGUAUUCCUUUCGGAUGUUGUCACGAUAAAUUUGGAGUUUCGGCUUAAUCAAAAGUGUAAAUGGUUCGGUUUUUGAUUCGAUAA